GCGGCGCCAUUGGCGUGUGGAAAAUGCCACCAGAUGGCGGGUUAGGAUUGCAGCUCCGUUGAAGGCGCGGCCCCCGCUCCCGAACCCCCGGCGACCACCCCGUAACAACCCCCCCACAUCGGGAAUAACACACCGGAGACUUUUGGGGGGAAACUAGGUCGACGGCCGACAGCGCCCGGAUGGGCAGCUGAGGCGUGCCCUUGAGAUCACACAACAAGUUAGAAUUAUAUAGACUUUUUUUGUAUUGUGGAAUAACCUCUCCAGCAAUGAUAACUUCAGAGUUACCAGUGUUGCAGGAUGCAACUAAUGAAACUACUGCCCAUUCUGAUGCUGGCAGCGAACUUGAAGAAACAGAGAUCAAAGGAAAACGAAAAAGGGGUCGUCCUGGCCGGCCUCCAUCUACAAAUAAGAAACCUCGAAAAUCCCCAGGAGAAAAGAGCAGAACUGAAGCUGGGUUUAGAGGACUAGGUCGUGGAAGAGCUAAUGGACACCCUCAACAGAACGGGGAAGGAGAUCCUGUCACAUUGUUUGAGGUGGUGAAACUGGGGAAAAGUGCAAUGCAGUCCGUGGUGGAUGACUGGAUUGAAUCAUAUAAACAAGACAGGGACAUCGCACUUCUGGAUUUAAUCAACUUUUUUAUCCAGUGUUCAGGAUGUCGAGGUACUGUCAGAAUAGAGAUGUUUCGAAAUAUGCAGAAUGCAGAAAUCAUCAGAAAAAUGACUGAAGAAUUUGAUGAGGACAGUGGUGACUACCCCCUUACCAUGCCUGGCCCUCAAUGGAAAAAAUUCCGUUCCAAUUUUUGUGAAUUUAUUGGAGUCCUGAUUCGACAAUGUCAGUAUAGCAUAAUUUAUGAUGAAUAUAUGAUGGACACCGUAAUCUCCCUUUUGACUGGUUUAUCAGAUUCCCAGGUCAGAGCUUUUAGGCAUACAAGUACUCUUGCUGCCAUGAAGCUGAUGACUGCUCUGGUGAAUGUUGCCUUAAACCUCAGUAUUCAUCAGGAUAAUACACAGAGGCAGUAUGAAGCUGAAAGAAAUAAAAUGAUUGGGAAGAGAGCCAAUGAAAGGCUGGAGUUACUACUUCAGAAACGUAAAGAGCUUCAAGAAAACCAAGAUGAAAUUGAAAAUAUGAUGAACUCUAUUUUUAAGGGUAUAUUUGUUCAUAGAUACCGUGAUGCAAUUGCUGAGAUUCGAGCCAUUUGUAUCGAAGAAAUUGGAGUAUGGAUGAAAAUGUAUAGUGAUGCCUUCCUAAAUGACAGUUACCUGAAAUAUGUAGGAUGGACUCUUCAUGAUAGGCAAGGGGAAGUCAGACUGAAGUGUUUGAAAGCUCUACAAAGCCUGUAUACCAAUAGAGAAUUAUUCCCCAAAUUGGAGCUAUUUACGAAUCGAUUCAAGGAUCGCAUUGUAUCAAUGACUCUUGAUAAAGAAUACGAUGUUGCUGUGGAAGCAAUCCGAUUGGUUACUCUGAUACUUCAUGGAAGUGAAGAAGCUCUCUCCAAUGAAGACUGUGAAAAUGUGUACCAUUUGGUGUAUUCAGCUCAUCGCCCUGUUGCUGUGGCAGCUGGAGAGUUUCUUCACAAAAAGCUGUUUAGCAGACACGAUCCACAAGCAGAGGAAGCAUUAGCAAAGAGGAGAGGAAGGAACAGUCCAAAUGGGAACCUCAUUAGGAUGCUUGUUCUUUUCUUUCUUGAAAGUGAGUUACAUGAACAUGCAGCCUACUUGGUGGACAGUUUGUGGGAGAGCUCUCAAGAACUGUUGAAAGACUGGGAAUGUAUGACAGAGUUGCUCUUAGAAGAACCUGUUCAAGGAGAGGAAGCAAUGUCUGACCGUCAAGAGAGUGCUCUUAUAGAGCUAAUGGUUUGUACAAUUCGCCAAGCUGCUGAGGCACAUCCUCCAGUGGGAAGGGGCACCGGCAAGAGAGUGCUAACAGCCAAAGAAAGGAAAACUCAAAUUGAUGACAGAAACAAAUUAACUGAGCAUUUUAUCAUUACACUUCCUAUGUUACUAUCAAAGUAUUCUGCAGAUGCAGAGAAGGUAGCAAACUUGCUACAAAUUCCGCAGUAUUUUGAUCUAGAAAUCUACAGCACGGGUAGGAUGGAAAAGCACCUGGAUGCUUUAUUAAAACAGAUUAAGUUUGUUGUAGAGAAACAUGUAGAAUCAGAUGUUCUAGAAGCCUGCAGUAAAACCUACAGCAUUUUAUGCAGUGAAGAGUAUACCAUCCAGAAUAGAGUUGAUAUCGCUCGGAGCCAGCUGAUUGAUGAAUUUGUAGAUCGAUUCAAUCAUUCUGUGGAAGAUCUGUUGCAAGAGGGUGAAGAAGCUGAUGAUGAUGAUAUCUACAACGUUCUUUCUACCUUAAAGCGUUUAACUUCUUUUCACAAUGCUCAUGAUCUCACUAAAUGGGAUUUAUUUGGCAAUUGCUAUAGACUAUUGAAGACUGGGAUUGAACAUGGAGCCAUGCCAGAACAGAUAGUCGUACAAGCACUGCAGUGUUCCCAUUACUCGAUUCUUUGGCAGCUGGUGAAAAUUACUGACGGUUCCCCUUCCAAAGAAGAUUUGUUGGUAUUGAGGAAAACAGUGAAAUCUUUUUUGGCUGUUUGCCAACAGUGCCUAUCUAAUGUUAAUACUCCUGUUAAGGAACAGGCUUUCAUGCUGCUCUGUGAUCUUUUAAUGAUUUUUAGCCACCAGUUAAUGACAGGUGGCAGAGAGGGCCUUCAACCUUUGGUGUUUAAUCCAGAUACUGGACUCCAAUCUGAACUCCUCAGUUUUGUGAUGGAUCACGUUUUCAUUGAUCAAGAUGAGGAAAACCAAAGCAUGGAGGGUGAUGAAGAAGAUGAAGCUAAUAAAAUUGAAGCCUUACAUAAAAGAAGGAACCUACUUGCUGCCUUCAGCAAACUUAUCAUUUAUGAUAUUGUUGACAUGCAUGCAGCUGCAGACAUCUUUAAACACUACAUGAAGUAUUACAAUGACUAUGGUGAUAUCAUUAAGGAAACCCUGAGUAAAACCAGGCAGAUUGAUAAAAUUCAGUGUGCUAAGACCCUCAUUCUCAGUCUGCAACAGUUAUUCAAUGAACUUGUUCAAGAACAAGGUCCUAAUCUGGAUAGGACAUCUGCCCACGUUAGUGGUAUUAAAGAACUGGCACGUCGCUUUGCCCUUACAUUUGGAUUGGACCAGAUCAAGACCCGAGAAGCAGUUGCCACGCUUCACAAGGAUGGAAUAGAGUUUGCCUUCAAAUACCAGAAUCAGAAAGGGCAAGAAUAUCCACCUCCUAAUCUGGCUUUUCUUGAAGUACUAAGUGAAUUUUCUUCUAAACUUCUUCGACAGGACAAGAAGACUGUUCAUUCGUAUCUAGAGAAAUUCCUCACUGAGCAGAUGAUGGAAAGGAGGGAGGAUGUGUGGCUUCCACUCAUUUCCUAUAGAAAUUCAUUAGUCACUGGGGGUGAAGAUGAUAGAAUGUCUGUGAACAGUGGAAGCAGCAGCAGUAAAACUUCCUCAGUCAGAAGUAAAAAAGGAAGACCCCCACUACACAGAAAGCGAGUAGAAGAUGAAAGUAUGGAUAACACGUGGCUAAAUAGGACUGAUACCAUGAUUCAGACUCCUGGAGCCCUGCCAACCCCACAGCUCACCUCCACUGUGCUUAGAGAGAACAGCCGCCCCAUGGGAGAACAGAUCCAGGAACCUGAGUCUGAACAUGGUUCUGAACCAGACUUUUUACACAAUCCCCAGAUGCAGAUCUCAUGGUUAGGCCAGCCGAAGUUAGAAGACUUGAAUCGAAAGGACAGAACAGGAAUGAACUACAUGAAAGUGAGAGCUGGAGUAAGGCAUGCUGUUCGGGGUCUAAUGGAGGAAGACGCUGAGCCCAUCUUUGAAGAUGUGAUGAUGUCAUCACGGAGUCAGUUAGAAGACAUGAAUGAAGAAUUUGAAGACACCAUGGUUAUUGAUUUGCCCCCAUCAAGAAAUCGACGAGAAAGAGCUGAGCUGAGGCCAGACUUCUUUGAUUCUGCAGCUAUCAUAGAAGAUGAUUCAGGAUUUGGAAUGCCUAUGUUCUGAAGUCUGAAGAAAAUUUACAAAUCUGGAACUCUAUUAUUUAGAGCUAGAGGCCUAUAUACUGUGAUAGCUUGUAUGGGGGAAGAAACACUUUUGAUGUGAUCUGAUUUGUUUUGUAAUCAAAUGAUUAAAGGUUGGUCCCUUUUGCAGUGACAGAGCAGCAUGUCAGUAACCCACGGAAAUGUUGGUGAAUGUCACCUCGGAAAGACUGACCAAAAAAUUCAUUUGUACUCUAAUGUUGGACUUAUCUCAGUACAGAUGUGUGUGUGCUUUUCUGAAAGGAGGAAGAUAUUUUAAAUUUUUAAAACAGCUGUCAAAAUAAACACUGUUAUACACCUGUUUUAUGAAAAUUCAGCAUUGAGUAAAAAAAUAUUUUUAACUUUAUUUUCCUGUUGUACAAUUUAAAAACCGUUUUAACAUUUUGCCUUUUUAUGUUUUAAAAGCUAACCAUUUUUAUUAAAUAUGAGUAAGCAGCUCGUUCUAAUCGCCGAAGAGUGUUUUUGGAGCUCACUGGAUUUGGUUGACCAUAUAAAACAGAAACAUUGAUGGAACAGAGCAUGGACAAACUAAAAUAGAGUUCUAACAUCGUGCAUCUCUGCCAAAAACCACACACCCUCUAUGGAUGGAUGUGAAUUCCCAGAUUUUAUAUACUCUUGAAUAAAAAGGUUUAUUUUUAUUUAUAAGUGGGCAUAAAAUAAAUGUCCAUGCAGCCAUUUUUCCAACAGAUGCUGUACACCGUUCAUUUUAUAUAGAAUAGGGAGAUUCAAAUACAGUGCAUUUUCUAUUGGUCUUUGUUCUGUGCAUUUUUAGCAACUUCUACCAGCAAAUAAAGUAUUCUCAGUAAAACAAAAAUGGUUCUCAAGUCAUCGGUCUUGGUGUUUCUAACCACUUGUUUCAUGCCCUGCCAAAGUCAACUUACACAGAAUUCCAUUUCCGUGAAAAGUUUAUUUGCUAUUCAGAAGUAAUUUGAAGACAUGUAGCUGUCUUCUUCCCAUGCAUUGAGUAUAUCCUGAACCCACUAAUUUUGUGAAUUUGUUUACCAAUCAUAGAAGUAUGUGCUGCAUAGAAGUCUGUGCUUAGAGGGUUACCUUGAAAUACAACUACAUUUCAGUGUUAAGUGUGCAUAUUAAGAAAAAUUCUUUUGGAGAAAGAAAUUCUGAAUCUUCAGGACAGUCUUCAGUGGUUUAGAGUUACAGUCUGCUUACUUUUAUGACUUGCUAUUGUUUUUUAAAAGCCCACUUAAUUUUUUCCUGAUUUUAAUGUAAGCCUCCAAAUUUCCAAACCAGUCCAUCCACAGCUGUUUCUGGGCUGGUUUUUAAAGUAGCUGCAACAGAAUCAAGAGGCUUUCCCUUUUUACCAAAAAUGAAAUGCAGUUUUUAAAAAGUAUGUGAACUCUGAUUUAUCUUUUGUGUGGGAAAGCAAAACAUGAUUUUAUUCAUCCUUUUAGUAGACAAGGUUUUUCUCAACAUUGUACAGUUUGGAGGAAAAAAACAAAACAAAAAAACAAAAGAAAGAAAACUUGGUCACCAAAAAUGUUUUACCUACUAUCUCAGCAAGUCCUAGGCUCCAGUUAAGAGAUCUAGGGCCUUACUCUCUCCUAGAAAUGUGGGCUCACUGGAACUGAGGGGCAGGGAUGAAUGAACUGUUCACCACAGCCCUGCCUGACUAUGGUUCUGGCCAGGGACCCAUCUGUGAGGGGCCCUGGAAUAAGCACAGACUAAUCCUCUGUUUGAUUGACACAUGCUGAUUUAGAAUUACAGACUACCAUGCACCAACAAGGCUUCAUCUCCAAUGGGUUUCCAAGUUCAGUUUGAAGUCAAUCAAAUUUUUGUAUUUUCAGUGUCUCCUUGAUUGAUUUUGCUAGUAAUUCUGUAAAUUGUACAUUUGCAAUAUGAAGUUUUUUUUUUCCUUUUGUACAAUUUGAAACUGAUGCUUCACCUUUCCUUUAAUAAACUAUUCAAAAUCAGGCUUGUGGGAGUCAUCCUGUUGUUGCUCCUGGGCAAGGUUUAAGGAGACUUUCCUUCCCUGUGCCCUUGGGACUUUGUUCUUUCAGAUAAUUUGUCACACACAGCAAAGAGUUUCGUGUUAGUGUUUUUGGUAGGUUUUGUUUUGAGACAGGGUCUCACUUCAGAUCAGACUAGCCUCAAACUCACAGAUCUGCUCCCAGAUACUGGGAGUAAACAUUUACCACCACACCAGGCUAAGAUGUUUUAUUUUUAAGAAAAAAAAAUGAGAAUUGUUCACAAGUUUUUAAUUGCUCAGGUUUCCCUAUAAAGAAUGAUAAGGCCAAGUCCUCUUUCCUCCUCCCUAAGCUCCUGUGGCGUUGCUCCUAGCAGCAGCCCUUCGGCAAUUUCCAAAAUUCUGCAUUCCUGCAAAAGUGAAAGUUUCUUUUACCAUUGGUGCCAGACCUCACUCUAAAGCAAAGUAACAACCUAAAUUGUUUAUGACGUGGCCAUGUCCUUUGUUCAAAGGUCAUUAAGUAGCCAAAAUGCCAAUGUAGAAAAGGUAAGGACAUGGGAGAUAGAUACAUCAACAAGGGGAUCUAUGUUUAGACAUCUGGAACAGAUGAAUCUGAGCUUUGACAUGAGUAGUCUGCCACUCUGUUUUGGCACCCAGGUAAGAGUCCAUCAUUAACAGAACAGUAUAUGUAUUAUUUACGGACAUGUCAGACACAUCACUAA